AUGUCCAGAGCUUCCGUGCACCCGCCGGAGGCGGGGGCCACUGAACCGAGAGCCGCAGCGCGGCGCCACCUGCUACGGCUCCUCGCUCAUGUGGCCGAGCGAGCGCAGGAGCUGUGUGGACACGCGCGCAUCAUCGUUUCUGAUGAAACUCUGCACGACUGGGACGUCGAGUUCCACCUCCCACUUGAGACUAGCUUGGGGACUCAGCUCGCUGACUACAAGCAACAAACACAAGCUCCAGAUGUGGUACUUAUGAGAUUUCGGUUCCCGGACACGUUCCCUGCACAUCCGCCCGUCUUGUGCUGCGCGCGGCCACGUCUGAAAAUCACAGAUCCUGUCAGCAGCACUCUUCCCCUCACUGAUGCUGGCAUUCUGCGUUUGCCAGAGCUGUCCACAUUUCUUUGGCGGCCCGACAAAGACGUAGUAGACAUAGUGUUGCAAGUGCACAAGAUUCUUUCGUCUGAUGGGCUUGCGCUGGACACGGCAAAGAGGUCGUAUGUCUCACCAAGUGCGAAUGCUGGACUCGGUGCAACGGCCAAGCUGCCAACUAUAUCUCACUGUGUUGACCAAUUCCCAGCAUCGUGCCUGGAACUCACCGCCGAAGUGUUGCCGGAACUUGCCGACAUUCCGCCCGGCAGAGUGGUUUUGCCCCAUCAUUGUGCUAUGGACAUAUACCGCCGUGUGUUCGGUGGCAGCGGGGCGCAAGGCACUGCAGCCUUCCACGUGGAAAUCAAGAAUUGUUCCAAAGAGGUUCGGGCAUUUGCUGGAAUGGCAGAAGUUUCUGCACUUCAAGAACCCAUCGUUCUGUUGCCAUCAUGGAUGAUGCGGCAGCUCUUCUUGGAGGACGGUGAUCCUGUACGUGUCCGUGCCGUGUCACUUCCACUCUGCGGCUGUGUCCACCUGCAGCCACAGACCCAGGAGUUCUACGAGAUAGUCGGUGCUGAGCCAGAGCUGGUGUUGCAAGAAUCUCUUGCUCCCCUUCCAGCACUAACAUCGGGACUAUCCAUUCAGGUGGAGGUGGCCAUUGCGCAGAACUUCCAGAUUGGGCUCCGCAGGGUGGCCGUGGGCGUGGCUCGGCUGGAAGACAUCUCAGGUAACGACGUGGUGGCCGCGAAACUUCCCGGUUUUGCGGGAGUGCUUGGGGACCAUGAAGUCCGCGUCGAGCUUCUCCCGGCUACAGACCUAGCCGAAAGUGGGAAGGAAUAUCAGGAGAGGCUCAGUGCAGAAGCCAAGCGCCAAGCGAUGAUUCAGCAAAUGCUGGAAGAGAAACAUGCCCGACGUCAGGCGCAGCAUGUGGAUGACAUGGGCCAAGCAGAGCCAUGCGAUGACAGCUCUGGCUUCGAGUUGUGCUUUAGACUUCCAAACGGAAGGCAGGUGCGACACCGCUGUCCGAGAAAUGAGGCAGUUCUUGACUUGAAGGCUCGCUUAUUCAGUCUUUUUGCUCGAGAGGUUGGUUUGUGGAAGCCUUGUGUGGAUCAUGCAUCAGCACUGGAACUGACCGUCUUUCCGAGAAGAUUGCUCUGUGACGUCGAGAAGGUGUCAGACAUAGGUGACCGUGCAGUCGUCCAUGUCACAGAGAACGCCAAGGCCGUAGAAGAGGCAGAACAUUCGAAAGAGGUGAUAGGAACCAUCCUGUACCCGGCCGAACUGGAAGGAGACAUUGCCUCGUCACGGCAGGAGGAGAUCCGGUGCGAAGCAUCGCCAUCACCGCCUCCGGAUCACAGCAUCGAACGUCGUUUGCAGGUUGGUCCGGUAGGUCCGGCAUGCGAAGAUGGUUUGGAGGCUUUGCCAUUUCCAGAUCUUCGUGCCCUGGCUUUGUCAUUAGGCUUGCUUGCCGCAGACGUUGCGCGCGCAGUUGAUAAGGCAGAGCUGCUGGCGCUCUUGUCACGGCACCAACGCCGCGCCGCUCGCGUAGCCAGGGACACUUCACUCACCACUGUCGCCACGGAACGCAGAGCGUCAUCCUUGUCAGCCCGUCGCGGCAGCUCCCAGCCUCCCCGUGCAAACAAUCGAAGCAGCCAAUCGGUCGGAGCCCGAGAGAGGCGAGAGAGAGGCCCGGACGCGAACCCAGGCAGCCGCCGCUCUGAGGGGCCAAGGCCAAGUGGCUAUUCAGCCCGUGUGCCCAGACCACCGCGAGAGCCCGAGCCACACCUCAGCGUAGGACCGAGGGCCACAAGCAACCCACAGAAUCCACAAGCAGCAGGAGGCCAAAGGAACUUGCCUCCGCUUCCCACCCCUGAGCGAAGUCUUGCUGAAGGCCGUCGCCCACAUCUGGGUGUCUCACCAACACAUCCCAGGCUAGGGGCACCACGAGAGCCCCUCCGGCGGGCAGGCCAGAUGAUGCUUGGCGAUGAACGGUCCAGGGCCGGGCAGGUCGCACGCUCAGCUUCACCACGUCCAAAGCGACGUGCGUUGUGA